CCUCAAAGAUACUUUUGGUUAUCCACCGCGGUACAAUGCACUACUGUAGCCGUACUACUACUACUACUGAACCAGUCUACCGUCAACAACCUCUCUGCUAUCGCCGUCCUUCAAUCCUUAUUGCCGUGCGUAUCUCUGCUGCUUCAUCGGUCGCUAUACCCAUACGCCACCUCUGCGCACUCUGUCGAUGUCUGCCCUCCCUCGGUCUCCCUCUCUACACUCGCAGCAUACGCUAUCCGAUCCUCUCUGAGUUCGCCUUGUACAACCCGCGUCGAGUCUCCCGCAAGGGUUUCAUGCCCAAGCGGUGACUGAUAAGCGUCAAUACACGCCGUCCUCGCUCUCGAACUCUCCGUCUAUCAUAUUCGCCAUUUAUUUGGAUUGUAUAUACACCGACAUCACAUACUUCACUCCCCGCACUUGCCACAGCCCGACCGCCCACCUACCGCCUCAAGCUUCAUAUGAGUAAACCACCAACCCCCUCACGACUCCCCAAAGGAACUAUCACCACUCACACGACCUCGUAAUCGCAGCUCCGCCACCAUGCGAGGCCUCCUACCCAACCACUCCGACCCCAAAGAGGGCGAGGGCUCCAACCCCUCCCUAACCUCCAACUCCCCCGGCUUCUACGACACCCCCGGCUCCUUCAACGGCGAGCCUUUCUACGAGAAACCCCGCCGCCGCUCCCUCCCCCACCACUUCAUCGACAGCUUCCGCCGCGACCCGAACCGGCAUAUCAUCGACCCUCUCGGCGACCUCGGCGAUGUCGAUCACCAGGACUGGGUCUACGACCCGAACCAGGCCAUAUUGCGGACGGCGAAUACGAGGCUGGCGAGGAAGCUGAAGGGGAGGCAUCUGCAGAUGAUUGCUAUUGGUGGGAGUAUUGGGACGGGAUUGUUCGUGGCGUCGGGGCGCUCGCUCAAUGCGGGUGGCCCGGCGUCGCUGCUUAUCUCGUUUCUGUUGACGGGGUGUAUGCUUUACUGCACGGUUCAUGCGCUGGGCGAGAUGGCUGUGUUGUAUCCUGUUUCGGGGUCUUUCUCAGCGUACUCGUCGAGAUUUCUUGAUCCGGCUUGGGGGUUUGCUAUGGGUUGGAACUAUGCUAUGCAAUGGCUUAUUAUCCUUCCGGUGGAAAUUAUUGCAGCUACGAUAACGAUAGAGUUUUGGAAUAAGAGUAUCAAUCCCUCGGUAUUUGUGACGGUGUUCCUACUCCUCAUCAUCAGUAUCAAUCUAUUCGGCGUUAAAGGCUACGGAGAAGCCGAAUUCUUCUUCUCCAUCGUCAAAGUCAUCGCCGUAAUCGGCUUCAUCCUCCUCGGCAUCAUCAUCAACUGCGUCGGCGGACCCACCACCGGCUACAUCGGCGGCAAAUUCUGGGUCGACCCCGGCCCAUUCCGCGACGGCUUCAAGGGCCUCUGCUCCGUCUUCGUCAACGCGGCCUUCGCCUUCGCCGGCACCGAACUCGUCGGCCUCGCCGCCGCCGAGACCGCCAACCCUCGAAAAUCCCUCCCCACAGCCAUCAAGCAGGUCUUCUGGCGCAUCACCCUCUUCUAUAUCGUCAGCCUGACCCUCGUCGGCCUCCUCGUCCCCUACAACGACCCCCGCCUCCUCACCAGCAACCAAAACCGCGGCGACAGUGCCUCCAGCCCCUUCGUCAUCGCCAUCGAAGACGCUGGCAUCGCUGUCCUCCCCUCGGUAAUGAACGCUGUAAUCCUCAUCGCCGUCCUCUCCGUCGGAAACUCCUCCGUCUUCGGCUCCUCACGCACCCUCGCCGCACUCGCUGACCAGGGACAAGCUCCCAAGAUCCUCGGCUACGUAGAUCGCAAGGGCCGCCCUGUGGUCGCUAUCUGCGCCUCCUCUGCCCUCGGCUUCAUCGCCUACGCUGCUAACUCCGAUCAGCAGAACGCGGUUCUGAGUUGGAUGCUUGCCCUCUCGGGACUCAGCUCGAUCUUCACUUGGGCUUCCAUCUGCCUCGCUCACAUCCGCUUCCGCCGCGCCUGGCGCAUCCAGGGACACUCGCUCGACGAGUUGGCGUUUGUAUCCCAGCCCGGGGUGGUGGGGAGUUGGAUCGGCUUCAUCUUCAACUGCCUCGUUCUCGUGGCGCAAUUCUGGACCGGGGGAUGGCCGGUGGGCUACGGUAACAUGACGAUGGCCGCGCAGGUGCGGAAUUUCUUCCUGGGUUACCUGGCGGCGCCGAUUGUGAUUGUGAUGUUUGUGGGGUAUAAGUGGACGUAUGGGACGAAGGUGUGGAGGUGUCAUGAGAUGGAUCUUAAGACGGGGAUUAGGGAGUUGAAUUUGGCGGAGAUGUUGAAGGCGGAGAGGGCGGAGAGGGAGGAGUGGCCGAGGUGGAAGAGGGUUUAUCAUGUUAUUUGCUGAAGGACCUCCUCAAAAGGGGGGUUGGUGUGGGAUUUUAUGGAUUAUGUUUUUUGGGGUGGAAGCGAUAUCUUUUUUGGGGGCGUGGUCGGGGCCGGUAUACGGCGUUUGGGGUAGGGAAUAAGUAAUGACCACGGCGAUUGUUAUAACUGUUAAUAUAAAGCUAUUUAUUACCGUUAUUUAAAGUUUAAACCUUUGUUGUAGCCGGCCAUUCAUCGCUAUGUUAGGGGAAAGAAGAGGGUAAAUGUGAGACUUCAAG